AUGGAGUGCCGAUUACAAUUACUUCGGACGAGAGACCCGAGGUUCACCGCCGCUUUUGGAAGAGCUUGCAAUCGCUUUGGGAACGAAGCUGCAUGCAAGUACGGCCUAUCACCCGCGGGCCGAUGGCGGUCGAGAGGACAAUUCAGACUCUCGAGGACAUCUUUGCGAGCUUGCGUCUUGGACUUCAAGGGAAGUGGGAGGAACGGCUUCACUGGUCGAAUUUGCUUACAACAACGGUUAUCAGCGAGUAUUCAAAUGGCUCCUUUUGAAGCAUUGUAUGGCCGAGCAUGCGAACACCGGUGUGUUGGGAUGAGGUCGGAGAAAGAAAAAUCACCGGUCCGAGUUGGUUCGGCGGUCGGAAGAGGCGGUUGCGGUUAUCGAAAUAGAUUGAAAAUCGCUCAAAGCCGUCAGAAAAGUUAUGCCGAUAAGCGUCGCAGGCCAUUAGAAUUCCAAGUUGGUGAGCACGUCUUCUUGAAGGUGUCACCGAUGAGAGGUACAUCCCGUUUUGGCAAGAAGGGAAAGCUGAGUCCGAGGAAGUAUGAACCUGACCCGGCACACGUUCUAAAUUUCGAGGAAUUAGACGUGGAUGAUAAAGUGUCGUACGUUGAAAGCCCGUUCGGAUAG